CGGGGCAAGAGUUCCGUUUGGCAAGGGGCUACUUCCGGAUUCGGUGGCGUUUGCUGCUGGAGCUGAGCGAGGCGGUCCUUCGCUGGUGGGCGCGCUGGGCUGCGUCCCGUGCGCGGUCCACGAUGCUGGGGGGCAGCUCCGAAGCCCCCAAGCGCGAGGCGGAAGGCGACGGAGCCUGGGCUCUGCCUGCGCCGCCUGCCAUCGACUUUCCGGCGGAAGGCUCGGACCCCAAGUAUGAUGAAUCUGAUGUCCCAGCAGAGCUGCAGGUGUUAAAAGGACCCCAACAGCAGCCGACAUUCCCUUUUGCCGUUGCAAACCAGCUGUUGCUUGUUUCUUUGCUGGAACACUUGAGCCAUGUGCAUGAACCAAACCCACUUCGUUCAAGACAGGUGUUCAAAUUACUUUGUCAGACCUUUAUCAAAAUGGGGCUGCUGUCUUCUUUCACCUGUAGCGAUGAGUUCAGCUCAUUGAGACUGCAUCACAACAGAGCCAUUACUCACUUAAUGAGGUCAGCUAAAGAGAGAGUUCGGCAGGAUCCUUGUGAGGAUAAUUCUCAUAUCCAGAAGAUCAGAUCAAGGGAAGUAACCUUUGAAGCACAAACUUCACGUUACUUAAAUGAGUUUGAAGAGCUUGCCAUCUUAGGAAAAGGUGGAUAUGGACGAGUUUACAAGGUCAGGAAUAAAUUAGAUGGUCAGUAUUAUGCGAUUAAAAAAAUCCUGAUUAAGGGUGCAACUAAGACAGAUUGCAUGAAGGUGCUACGGGAAGUGAAGGUGCUGGCAGGUCUGCAGCACCCUAACAUUGUGGGCUACCACACUGCUUGGAUAGAACACGUUCACAUGGCCCGAACGCAAGCAGAUAGAAUUGCUCUUCAGUUGCCGUCUCUGAAAGUGAUCCCCAGCCAGGAGGAUGACAGCGAUCAGUCUGAUGUUAAAAAUGAUGAAAGUAAUAGCUCAUCCAUUAUCUUUGCUGAGUACACCUCAGAAGAAGAAAAAUCCUUAGAAUCUGGAAUUGAAAAUCAGAAUAACAGAUUGGUGAACUAUCCCACCAAAUUACUUACCAGAGAUGCUAAUGAAUUUGAGUCAUCCAUUGAGUUCCAAGGAAAUGGCUUGUCUGGUUUGUCGUCCAGGUCUGUUGUUGAGAUUCAUCUGCCGCGUAGGCUUAAUUCAGGCUUAGAAGAGAAUUUCACGUCCACCGAGGAAUCUUCCGAAGAAAACUUAAACUUGUUGGGGAUGACAGAGGUGCAGUACCACCUGAUGCUGCACAUCCAGAUGCAGCUGUGUGAGCUCUCACUGUGGGACUGGAUAGUAGAGAGAAACAAGCGGGGCCGGGAGUGUGUGGACGAAGCUGCCUGUCCUUAUGUUAUGGCCAGUGUUGCAACAAAAAUUUUUCAAGAAUUGGUGGAAGGUGUAUUUUACAUACAUAACAUGGGAAUUGUACACAGAGAUCUGAAACCCAGAAAUAUUUUUCUUCAUGGCCCUGAUCAGCAAGUGAAAAUAGGAGACUUUGGUCUGGCCUGCACAGACAUCAUACUGAAGAACACGGACUGGAACAGCAGGGAUGGGAAGAGAACACCAGCACAUACUUCCAGAGUGGGUACAUGUCUAUACGCUUCCCCCGAACAGUUGGAAGGAUCUGCGUAUGAUGCCAAGUCGGAUAUGUAUAGCUUGGGUGUGAUCCUGCUAGAGCUCUUUCAGCCGUUUGGAACAGAAAUGGAGCGAGCCCAAGUUCUCACAGGUUUAAGAGCUGGUCAGAUACCUGAAUCACUCAGUAAAAGGUGUCCCGUGCAAGCCAAGUAUAUCCAGCAGUUGACCAAAAAGAACGCAUCUCAGAGACCAUCUGCUGUGCAGUUGCUGCAAAGUGAACUUUUCCAAAAUUCCGGAAGCGUUAAUCUCACCCUACAGAUGAAGAUACUAGAGCAAGAAAAAGAAAUCGAAGAACUAAAGAAGCAGCUAAGCCUCCUUUCUCAGGACAGAGGGGUUAAGGACGACAUGACGGAUGGGGUGCCCGUCUAGCCUUAAUCAGGCUCAUUAGUGUGAAAACGGACUGAACUCUUUAAGCCCAAGUCAACUGGAAUGUAUGUUUUCAAUCUUGACUAGGGUGUAAGUGGUGUAAUACUCAGUUCUAUUUAUUUAGUAAGCCCGUAUGCAACUUAUUAAAAUGAAUGUGUAAGAGUACCCUAAACUGCCUUUUCCUUAAAUAGUCCUUUUCUAGCAUUUGGAACUUAAGACUGCUCUGAACUAAACCUGUUUUGCCCUUUCCCUUCCAUCCCACACGCUCCGAUUCCUGGAUUUCUUGAUAUUACUGCCCAUCUGGUCUCACACUAAAAGUUUAGACAUCACCCCCAAUUCUUUUCCUCCUUUGAACUCUGCCUGUUGACCACCAAGCUGUCCUCUAGAAGUUUCAAGACUCUUAAGAACCCUCCACACCCCAUCACUACCCAGCCCAGGCCUGCAUGCUAGUCGGGCUGUUAGUUUUGGCAGCUGCCAUUCAUUCUAAGCCUUUCACACUGCUGCCAGUUAGUGACCAAAAGACAGCUCAGCUCACGCCCUGUUUCAAAAGCCUCUGCCACCUCUGCUGCCUCGGAGAAAACCUACUUGUAGCACAGUGUACAUCAUCCCACCUAUUUCUGUUCUCUUAAUCUUCAACUUGAGAUCAGUCCAAAACCGUGCCCUUUCAAAGCUUUGUACUUCUUGUCUCCAAAAUGAUCUCAGCAGUUCCCAUACCAGUGUUCCUGCUUUUGCCCCCAUAGUGUUCCACGGCAUUCUGUUACGGUACUUCACUCCCCACCACGUCCCUCAAAAACAGCGAUGUGGCACGCUCACAUCCACCUCCAAGUGCCUGCCACGUAGCUGUCACGGCUCACUGCACAUGAUGUUGCUGAAUUUUAAAUAAAGUGAAAAGCACAAAUCAUA